AUGAAUCUUCCACCCAGCUUCAAUGUGCUCAUGAUGUGCAGCGUUCUUAUUCUCACUGAAAGCAUCAAUGCUUAUGAUCAGGUGUACGGACCGAUAAGGUUCUACGCUUGGGAUCAGCCGCAUUGCAAGGGUAACUGUACAGUGGUCAAUUUUGAUGAUGCACCGCUAUACUACAUGCCGAGAAACGUCUCCAAUUCUUUUGUCGCGCACAGUUUUCGUUUGGAUGGGCGUGGGCUUGCUGGGAAGGAGCAGCUUGACCUGUCUGUAGCCCUCAACGAGAGCUAUAGUACAGGUUUAGACCGAUCCACUGCGGAAAGCUCAUAUUGCACGCAUUUCCUACGAUCUUAUACCGGUCUCAAUGGUAGCAUGGACUGCCAUGAUGUCCCGCCUUUCACUUGUCAGCGACUAUGGAUUAACAGAGGUCUGCCUGAUGUGUCUCUACUUCCUUCCGACAGGUCGACAAUGGUAACAGAUUUCACCUGUCAGACGAUUCCACUGUUACCGAACAGCGCUUGGCCAACAGGGUUCUCAUCUAGCAAGCUCACCGCCAGCACUUCUAGAUCUACACCAGCGCUACCCAGCACUAUUGCAACCAACACAUCUCCAACCGCAUCAUCAAGUGAUCUAUCCACUAUGACUACGACAUAUUUGGCUCCUACAGUAACCGGACAUGUACUUGUUGUUGUUAGCCCAAAAACGACAUACACAACAACUUAUUUCUAG